UUUUUUUUUUUUCACAGCCCUCUCCCACUACUCUUUCCUGUCUUCAAAAUAGUUUGGUGGUCUACAAGUUCUAAAAGCUGGUAUUUCUAACAUAAAAUUUGCUAAUCUUUCAGUUUUUAUUAAAUUAGAAGCUAAUAGGAUUCUAUCUCUGGAUUUACAGUUUUAAAAAGUUUUAUUUUGGCAUACUGGGAUAUAUGUAGCCUAUUUGAUAUAAUAUAUGGCCUAAUCAGAAAUUCUGCUAUCAAGUUCUUCACUAUAUUUUUGAAAAAAUAUGUACAAUUGUAUAUCUGAAGGACAGUUUUUGAAGAGUCAGAAUUAGAACAAAGGUAAGAAUACAUAUAUUAAGUCUUGAUCCCUUAGCUCAGGGAAAGCAGAAAAGACCAUAGGCAAGGACUGUCAAUGGCCAACAACUAAUAUUUGAGUAACCACUAUGUAUCAGGUACUUUACAUGUGAUACCUUUUUUUAAUGUCUUAUAAUUUUAGUUUAAAAAAAUUUUAAUACACAAUAACUGUACAUAUUUAUGGGGGUACAUAGUGAUGUUGCAAUACAUAUAACAUAUAGUGAUUAGGGUAAUUAGCAUAUCUAUCAUCUCAAAAACUUAUGUCUUUGUUUUGGGAACAUGCAAUAUCCUUCUUGUAGCAAUUUGAAACUAUACAAUAUUGUUAACUAUAGUCAUCCUACAGUGCUACAGAACACUAGAACUUAUACCUCCUAUCUAGUUGUAAUUUUGUAUUUUACAACUUUGAAGUAGGUGUAAUUAUCCCUAUUUAGACUAUACCUGUAUGAAACAGAAAUUAUUUUCAUUUUACAGAUGAGGAAACAGACGCAGAGAAGUAAUUUGUCCAAAGUCCAUAGGGUUGUAAGACUCAUAACAAGAACUACAACUUGGGCCUAUCUGAAUCUUAUACUUCUGGUACUAUACUUGUUCACAGAUUUGAAAAGAGCUUUAAUUUCUAUUAUUUCUCAAGAAUUUGUAAUGCUUUCUCUUGUCACUGUGCUUUCAACUUAGAGGAGUUGCAGUUUUGAUAAAAGACAAACUGAUUUAGCUUCUAGGUUUGUUAAAUAUGUAAUUCAGAGGCAACUCCAGGCUUAUAUUUCUACUACUGCUUUCUAAAUCUAAUUAUUCUAUAAAUAGUCCUGUUGCUUUCACUUUUUACCCUAACAUAAUUAAUCAAGUUUAACUUUGAAAUCUCCAUAUUUUAUGUGAGAACUCCCAAGGCUAUCCACUUUUAUUUUCCUUUGUAAAUUUAUUGUUGCUCAGCCUAUUUCAUUAAGGGCAGCUUUAAUUAUAAUAUUUUAUUAUAUUUUCAAAGUGCAUGAUAAUGGUUUACCAGUCUGGUUAGUACAUCAGAGAUUUCUAUUGGGAGCUAUCAGAGAUGUUAACAUCCAACAAUUUUACCAAAGUGUAAUUGUUAUAGAUGUCUUAACAUACAACUUUUUUGUUUAUUGAAAUUAAGCAAUUAGCAGACAUGAAUUUACGCAACAAAAAUAUGUUUAAUGUGGAGAACAGUGAGAUGCAUAUUUGAUAAUUCACUGCAGUCUGCAUCAUCAUCUCUAUAUUCCAAAAUUUCGUCUUAAGCCGUUUAGUAUUUAACUUACAGAAGAAAGGGGGUUAUCUUAGAUAACUUUUAAUAUCCUACGGUAUUUUCCAAUUCACGAUACAGGGAGAAAAGAAAUGUGUCCAGGCCCUUAGAAGAAAAUACUUUGAAUUUAAAUGUGACACAUACAUUAAACCCACGUGACACGCCAGGCAGGCGGUGGAAGUCAAGUGCAUUUGUUUUUGUUUCAUCCACCACGGCGAUCUCUUUCACAAUUCUGGGAGAGGCCUGUUUGUUCCUCCACUCCCACAGCUGAAGUUUGGGACAAAGUUUGAGAAAAUCCCAGGCACCUGCGGCUCCUAUCGAAGCCGGCGAGGAGCACAGGGUAGAGCGUCUCUUCCCAGUUUUCAGUCUUCAGAUCGCAGGCCUCUCGGACUCGCAGAGCGAGCUUCACGCUGCAGCGCCUGAGAAAUAAGAGCUAUUCCAAGGAGGUGCCCUGGAUCCUCACUGACGCUUCGCAAAGGUGUGCAUCCGCCCAGGGAAGGCCGGCGGCGCAGCGACGGCGAGGAGUCCCCAUCCAUCUUCUCUUCAAGCAGCAGUAGCUGGGUUCGGGUACCCAACCGACGAGCCGAGACGCCAGAGGCCAGAGUACGAAGUUGGAAGCCUGCGCCCCAAGCCAACCGGGAUUCCACUUAGCUCCGCGCGGUCCGCGCCUCGGCCGGAAGGGGGCGUGGCUUCGGGCCGGCGCCGCGAGGCCCGCCGCCGAGUGGGGGGGUUUCUCCCGGGCCGCAGCCGCGCGUUUCCGGCGCGCUCCCCCGCGCCCUCCGUCCUGUGGUCUCGCCCGCCCCCGCUGCCAUGUUGGAUUGUGCGGCCGCCGCCGCCGCUGCGGGAGGGUUGGGGGAGGAGUUGGGAGUUUAGCGCAGUCGCCGGAGUGCGAGGACAACGACCAUCCGGCCCUAGCCUGGCCGGGCGGGUGCCGGGAGCUUCCCUUUCUCAGCGCGGCGCGAAGGUGGCUCGCCGUCAGCGCCUGCUUCCCUCGACCUCGUCCUCCUCCCCGCUCCGGAGGAGCUGCGAGAUGUGGCGCCUCUGACUCCGCUUCUCCCCGCCCCUGUCACCGAGAGGGGGAACGAGCUCUCGCCCACUCGUCGGAGGAGACGGCCCUGGACUCCCAACCCCGCCGGCGAAACCAUGAGCUCCGUCCAGCAGCAGCCGCCGCCGCCGCGGAGGGUCACCAACGUGGGGUCCCUGCUGCUCACCCCGCAGGAGAACGAGUCCCUCUUCACUUUCCUCGGCAAGAAAUGUGUGACUAUGUCUUCAGCAGUGGUGCAGUUAUAUGCAGCAGAUCGGAACUGUAUGUGGUCAAAGAAGUGCAGUGGUGUUGCUUGUCUUGUUAAGGACAAUCCACAGAGAUCUUAUUUUUUAAGAAUAUUUGACAUUAAGGAUGGGAAACUAUUGUGGGAACAAGAGCUAUACAAUAACUUUGUAUAUAAUAGUCCUAGAGGAUAUUUUCAUACCUUUGCUGGAGAUACUUGUCAAGUUGCUCUUAAUUUUGCCAAUGAAGAAGAAGCAAAAAAAUUUCGAAAAGCAGUUACAGACCUUUUGGGCCGUCGACAAAGGAAAUCUGAGAAAAGACGAGAUCCCCCAAACGGUCCUAAUCUACCCAUGGCUACAGUUGAUAUAAAAAAUCCAGAAAUCACAACAAAUAGAUUUUAUGGUCCACAAGUCAACAACAUCUCCCAUACCAAAGAAAAGAAGAAGGGAAAAGCUAAAAAGAAGAGAUUAACCAAGGCAGAUAUAGGAACACCAAGCAAUUUCCAGCAUAUUGGACAUGUUGGUUGGGAUCCAAAUACAGGCUUUGAUCUGAAUAAUUUGGAUCCAGAAUUGAAGAAUCUUUUCGAUAUGUGUGGAAUCUCAGAGGCACAACUUAAAGACAGAGAAACGUCAAAAGUUAUAUAUGACUUUAUUGAAAAAACAGGUGGUGUUGAAGCUGUUAAAAAUGAACUGCGGAGGCAAGCACCACCACCUCCACCACCAUCAAGGGGAGGGCCACCUCCUCCUCCUCCCCCUCCACACAACUCAGGUCCUCCUCCUCCUCCUGCUAGGGGAAGAGGCGCUCCUCCCCCACCACCUUCAAGAGCUCCCACAGCUGCACCUCCACCACCGCCUCCUUCCAGGCCAAGUGUAGCAGUCCCUCCACCACCGCCAAAUAGGAUGUACCCUCCUCCACCUCCAGCCCUUCCCUCCUCAGCACCUUCAGGGCCUCCACCACCACCUCCAUCUGUGUUGGGGGUAGGGCCAGUGGCACCACCCCCACCGCCUCCACCUCCACCUCCUCCUGGGCCACCGCCCCCGCCUGGCCUGCCUUCUGAUGGGGACCAUCAGGUUCCAACUACUGCAGGAAACAAAGCAGCUCUUUUAGAUCAAAUUAGAGAGGGUGCUCAGCUAAAAAAAGUGGAGCAGAACAGUCGGCCAGUGUCCUGCUCUGGACGAGAUGCACUGUUAGACCAGAUACGACAGGGUAUCCAACUAAAAUCUGUGGCUGAUGGCCAAGAGUCUACACCACCAACACCUGCACCCACUUCAGGAAUUGUGGGUGCAUUAAUGGAAGUGAUGCAGAAAAGGAGCAAAGCCAUUCAUUCUUCAGAUGAAGAUGAAGAUGAAGAUGAUGAAGAAGAUUUUGAGGAUGAUGAUGAGUGGGAAGACUGAUCUAUAUAUUAUAUAUAUAUAUAUAUUUUUAAGGUGAAAUACUAAACACUACUUUCUGUCUGUG